AGCUAACUUCACAUAUUUCAACAAUUUUGGCGCUUAAACAAACUGACAUUUGUUGUGCUUGGUAAAACAAGGGAUUUAAUUGAUUGUAAAUAAUAUAUUCGGUUAUAUUAUCGUACAUACUCUUUGUUAAGAGUUACAUCCUAAAAUUAAGUUUUUAAUUAAUAGUGAAAAUGUCUAAUGUAUCCGCAAAAAAGGUAUUCAUACAAAUUGAGUCUGCAUCCGAACAGCAGGAACAUUUAAAAAAUCAGCGUAAAACCUUGAAAGUAUUGCAAGGCGUUGCCACCGAUAAAGAAAACCUUGCUGGGCGACCUCAACUUGACAAGCUGAGUCGCCUUAAAGCCGCUACUGAUGCCGCCUUGGCCACAACGGAAUAUGCCAAGCGAAAAAAAACUGAUACGCGAGCUGUUGAAACUCAGACUAGUCCAGAUAAAAAAGUGGACGCAAAUGAAAUAACUGUUGAAGAUUUAACAAGCGAUGCCAAACCAAGUGAAAGUUACUGGGAACGCUUAGCAGAAAAGCGCCGCGAAGCUUUGGAAGAAACUCUUGCAGAAAAUCAACAUUUACACGAACGCAUUGCAGGAUUAGAAGAAGAAUUAAAUACAUCACGUCAAAUGUUGGAGGAAACUCGCAACCUUGUUGACGUUUUAACAGAAAUGCUAAAUGAAAACGAAGCCGACGAUAAAAACGAAAGUGAUGGUGUUGAAUUACUUGCCAUAGAGGAAGAUAAAAAUAGUGAAGAAAUUACUUUUAACAAAGAUAGCAUAACCGACUCCAAAAACUGACUAAGAAACUAUUUAAUAAAUUUAAUACAUACGCAAGACUAUAAUUUUAUGUUAGUUUAC